UCUUGUCCCAGUAGGCUUUGCGGCCAUGAACUGCCGGUUUCCGGAGGCAGUAGCGAGUCUAUCUCUCUCCCUCUCUCUCUCGCUGUGCCGUUGGCGAAGCUGAGGUGGCAGCGAGGCUAGACGGGCCUGGCGGUGCCGUGGCUGAGAAGCGGCUAGCUGGGCUCCUGGAGAAGGAGGAGACUGGGGUACUAACAGGGGCCUAGGCCGGGAGGGGAUCUCUCGGCGCCACCACGACCAAGAUGCUCAAUAUGUGGAAAGUCCGGGAGCUGGUGGACAAGGCCACCAAUGUGGUUAUGAAUUAUUCAGAAAUUGAGUCUAAGGUUCGAGAAGCAACAAACGAUGAUCCAUGGGGACCUUCAGGGCAACUCAUGGGAGAGAUUGCCAAGGCCACCUUUAUGUAUGAACAGUUUCCAGAACUUAUGAACAUGCUUUGGACACGAAUGCUGAAAGACAACAAAAAGAACUGGCGGAGAGUUUAUAAAUCUCUGCUGCUCCUAUCUUACCUCAUAAGGAAUGGAUCAGAGCGUGUUGUUACAAGUGCCAGAGAACACAUUUAUGAUUUGCGAUCCCUGGAAAAUUACCACUUUGUAGAUGAGAAUGGCAAAGACCAAGGUAUAAAUAUACGCCAGAAAGUGAAAGAAAUGGUAGAAUUUGCCCAGGACGAUGACAGACUUCGUGAAGAGAGGAAAAAGGCAAAGAAAAACAAAGAUAAAUACAUUGGGGUUUCUUCAGAUAGUGUUGGAGGUUUCAGAUACAGUGAAAGGUAUGAUACUGAGCCCAAGUCAAAGUGGGAUGAAGAAUGGGAUAAAAACAAAGGCGGAUUUCCGUUCAGUGAUAAACUAGGUGAGCUGAGUGAUAAAAUCGGGAGCACAAUUGAUGACACCAUCAGCAAGUUCCGGAGGAAAGACAGAGAGGAUUCUCCAGAAAGAUGCAGUGAUAGUGAUGAGGAAAAGAGAUCUAGAAGAGGUAAAUCACCCAAAGGGGAGUUCAAAGAUGAAGAGGAGACAGUGACAACAAAACACAUCCAUAUUACACAAGCCACAGAGACCACCACCACCAGGCACAAACGCACAGCAAAUCCUUCCAAAACCAUUGACCUGGGAGCAGCUGCACAUUACACAGGGGACAAAGGAAGUCCAGACCAGAAUGCCUACACUCAACAAUCUACAGCUAAGGUUUCUGGCAGCAAGUCAUCUGGUGGCUUGGUCGAUCUUUUGUUUGAUGGUGCUGAUCAAUCAGUCUCAACAGGUGGAUCCACUGACCCCUUUGGAGGAUUUGCAGACUUUAGCUCAGCCGCCGCUGCCUCUGCCUCUGCCGCUUCAAGCUGCCCCAUUCCACAAGGUACAACUACAAGUGGGAAUGGAGAGUUUAGCGACUGGAGUGCCUUCAACCAAGCCUCUCCAUGCCCUGCUGCUUCAGCUGGAGAGCUCUUCAGUGGCUCUGCUCAGCCAGCUGUUGAGCACUUUGGUGGUUCUGUUCAGCAGAGCCUUGGCCAGCCUCCAGCUGCUUCAAAUUCUGCUGACUUUUUUGAUUUGAUGGGAACCUCCCAAGCCACCAUGACCUCCUCCCAAAGCAUGAAUUUCUCUAUGAUGGGUUCUAACACUGUCAGCAUUAAUCUACCUAUGUCAAGGUCACAGCCUUUGCAAAGUGUUAACCCAAUGAUACAGAAGCCUAAUCCACUUUAUAACCUGGGUACAGAGAUGGUCCCAAAAAAUGUAAGCAAAACUCUGCCAUCCACUUGGUCAGACCCCAGCGUAAAUAUCAGUUUGGACAAUUUAGUUCCUGGUAUGCAACCUUCCAAGCCUCAGCAGCCGUCACUGAACACGAUGAUUCAGCAACAAAAUAUGCAACAACCUAUGAAUGUGAUGUCUCAGAAUUUUGCAAACUUGAGCCUCAACUCGCCACCUAGCAUGAUGCCUGUUCGACCUCCAGCAAACCCAUUGAUGGGUGGGCCUGUUCCUGCGGGGAUGGGAAUGCCUACUGUGAUAACUGGCACAGUGGGGAUGGCUUCCAUGGGAAGCACACCUAUGAUGAACCAGGGCAUGAUGGGAAUGAAUGUGAACAUGACAGUGCCAGCUACUGGAAUGGGUUUGUCGGGUACGAUGGGCAUGGGAGUCCCAAAUAUAGCUGUGGCUUCCUCCAUGACUUCUGGAACUGUGCAACCUAAGCAAGAUGCCUUUGCAAAUUUUGCAAAUUUUAGCAAAUAAAGAUUGUAAACCAAUCAGAUGGAAUGAAGGAUUUUAGCUGCACAAAUAAAGCUGGGAUAAGGGUGGAAAAUGCUGAUUAAAUGCUUUUUUUCCUUUUAUUGCUUACUUUAAAAGGACCCACACAAAGAACCCAAAGGUCAUUUUGUAAGCUUUCAAACUACUUUUGUUCAACCUUUGGUGAACAAAAGGUCCUCCACUGAAUCAAAUGGUUGGCAUUGCAACAACUAGGCCUUGUUUUGUAACGAGAAAAUUACAAGCCUUUCUUAGAUGGCAGAACCAGUUUUAACUUUGAAACUAUGGGAAAGUCUGGAAUUGGGGGGGUAUAUCUGUGUGAAUCUAAUUUUAUACCUGAUUUCUUUUUUCCCUCCUGGAAUCUGUUUAUCAUAAUUGGAUCCAUUCCUUUUCCUACCACUGAGUCAAAUUUGAAGUCAAAGUAUGCUGAUCAAUUUUUUAUAAGAAUAUAUAUAUUUUUUUGUCCAAAAAUGGCUUACGUGUGUGAUUAUGGCUAAUUCAAGGGGACCUGGAAUGUAUAUACACUUUUGCUACUCUUACAGCAACACUGCUGUACUAUCCAAAUUUUUAUUAUAGACCUCCUUAAGCAAUUUGCUGAUGAAUAAGGUUAGUAAAGGGUUUCCUGCCUCUUUCUGCUGUAAUACCAAUGCAGAAUUGGUUGAAACUUCAUCCAGACUGCUGUAUGGUUUCCUUUCAGAGAACUCUAGAGAAUAUAUAUAUAUAUAUAUGGUUGGGAUUUGGUUGAGUUGGUUUUUCUGCAGUCCUACUUCAGUGAAAAGUAGCAUGCCCCCUUGCACUCUCUGGGUCACUGUUUUACAUCACUGAUAGUCAAAAGGCAACAAUAUUUAUUACUUUUCUUGCAACAACAACAAAAGACUAACGGCAUCUUUUAAGUUAAUAUUGAACACCUCUAAACUUUUUUGUUAAUCCUAUAGCAUUGGAUUUUAGAUUUUAUACAUUUGGUGACUUGUAAAUAUGGCCUUAGCAAUUGCAGAAUCCAAUAGAGAGGGGUUAAAUAAAUAAAUAUAAAUAUAUAUAUUAUUAUUAUUAUUAAAGGAAACCUCUAGCAGUCAGAUUUUAUGAAUUAAUGAAAAUAAAGAAAAUGAAUGAAUUUUCUUUUUCUUUUCCUGCUAUAAUUCUGCAUUUAGAUUCACACACAGAUCAUGAUUUUUAGUCUGGAAUGCAGAGGUUCAGUUUAUAUUCACAGAGCCAGGGCUGCUAUUGAGAAUAAGUACUAUAUUCUAGGUAUGAAACUUUAUUGCCUCCCCUUUCUUACGUUGGAUAUUUUUUAUUAUUAAAUUGAUAAAACUUUAUUUCCAUUGUAUUCAUAAUGUUCUGUUAUACAUAACAUUAAAGUGUUCAUUAAAAACAA